CAUGGUUGGAUUUAAAUUUCUGUAGUUUCUAAUGAUAGUAGCAUGCAAACUUAUCUCAAAUUCAAUUAAAAAGUUCAAUCAUGCUUUUUAGAAAGUUGUAUUGCUGCUUGAGGGACUUUGUAGUGAGAUGUCUGGAUGAUGUGGAAACACAGAUGUGAAAAUCUGGGAGCUCUUAGCUGAGGUUCUGGCACGUCGUUAUUGUGUUGUUACUAAUAUUCACAUUUCAGGCAGGAAAAGUUCUGUACAGCAGAAUAUCAAUUUCCUGAUUGACAUUUUAAAUUCUGUAAGAUUUUUCUGAAAGUAAUGUUAUAAUAACAUCUCGAUAGGCUCGGAAUUAAAAAUUGGAUUAUAGUCCUGCAGCUGUACAAGCUGUUGCUGUUCUACCUUCCAGUUAAUGAAAUGACAGGCAAAUGUCACGAGAAGGGUCAUAAGCAUCAUUUUCAGUGGGGUUCUGCCUGUGCUGCUGUUGUCAUGGGGUGAGUUGAUACAGUCGCUUUUGAAAACUUCAUCUGAAGUGAAAUAUUUCGUGAGUACAAUCAGUGUUUAUUGGGGGAACAAGGAGGUUAUUUUGUUGGCAGUUGAAAUACAGAAUCUUUCAUAUGCUGUUACAAACUCUGAGAUAUCCUGGAAUUAGAGCACUACUGCUAUAAUUUCAUGAAAUAACUGGUUUGUUAUCCAAAACUCAUGCUUGAAAUGCUUAGUCUAUCCCAACUGGGUAACAUGCUGUUUGUAUCUCCUGCUGUAGUGGAUGAGUCCUCUUGGAGAGAAGAAACACAAUAAAAUGUGCUGGCAUAGCAAUUUGUGGCCUCAGUAUGGCUUUCAGAAGAGAGAGAAAUGAGGUGGAGUGGGAGAAAUACAAGUACAGCAGUGACAUAAGGUUCCGGAAGAUGUUGGGUUGAGUUCCACCACAACACUUAAUUUGUAAUGAAAUGGAGUCUGGGUCAAGCUCAUUUCGAGUGGAAUUUCCAGAUUUUUCUAGCACCAUUUUGCAGAAGUUGAACCAACAGCGCCAGCAAGGACAAUUAUGUGAUGUGUCCAUUGUGGUUCAGGGCCACCUCUUCAGAGCCCAUAAAGCUGUUCUUGCAGCUAGUUCACCUUACUUCUGUGAUCAGGUUCUCCUAAAAAACAGCAGGCGAAUAGUCCUGCCUGAUGUGAUGAAUCCCAGAGUAUUUGAAAACAUUCUUCUGUCUACCUACACAGGCCGGCUGGUAAUGCCUGCACCAGAAAUCGUCAGUUAUCUGACAGCAGCAAGUUUCCUUCAGAUGUGGCAUGUAGUGGAUAAAUGCACUGAAGUGCUAGAGGGGAACCCAACAGUUCUGUGUCAGAAGAUGAAUCAUGGCAGUGACCAUCAGUCCCCAAGCAGUAGUAAUUACAAUGGCCUUGUUGAAACCUUUGAACUUGGCUCUGGAGGACAGACAGAAUUCCACAAAGUGCAGGAACUAAGGGAUGGCGAAAAUGAAGAAGAAAUCUCUAAAGAUGAGCUGUCGUGUCAGCUGACAGAACACGAGUACCUUCCCAGUAAUUCUUCAACAGAACAUGAUAGACUUAGCACUGGAAUGACCAGUCAGGAUGGGGAAGAAGGAACUAGUGAUAGUGCAGAGUACCAGUAUACCAGACCAAUGUAUAGCAAACCCAGCAUCAUGUCUCACAAGCGGUGGAUCCAUGUGAAACCUGAAAGGUUUGAACAGGACUGUGAAGGAGUUGAUAAUCCUUAUGAUGAACACCAAGUUUCUGAAUCCAUGAAUGCGAUUCAAGCAGAUCAUUCAAUCCAGUCUUCGGGUGUUGAAGACUUUCACAUAGGUGACAAAAAGAUGGAAACAGAAUUUGAUGAACAUGCAGAUGAAAGUAAUUAUGAUGAACAAGUUGACUUCUAUGGCUCGUCCAUGGAAGAAUUUUCUGGUGAAAGGGCAGAGGGAAAUUUAAGUGCUCACAGACAGGAUCUUAUGAUAGCAGCAGGCUAUGGUGAGGGCAUUGAUAUGGCUGCCGGGAUUAAAGAAGAAACAUCUCUCACUGGAUUCUCCCAUGCUGAUAAGCUCUAUCCUUGUCAGUGUGGAAAAAGUUUUACACACAAAAGUCAGAGAGAUCGGCAUAUGAGCAUGCACCUCGGUCUUCGACCUUAUGGCUGUGGUGUCUGUGGUAAGAAAUUCAAAAUGAAACACCAUCUUGUAGGCCAUAUGAAAAUUCAUACAGGCAUCAAACCAUACGAAUGUAACAUCUGUGGGAAAAGAUUUAUGUGGCGGGACAGUUUUCAUCGCCAUGUGACUUCUUGUACCAAGUCCUAUCAAGCUUGUAAAGCUGAGCAGAGUACUACUGAGAUGAACUAAGACAUUAGUGCUUACACUUAUCUAAUAGAGUAAGAAAAAUAAACUAAUUAUGCAAAUAAUGUCUGGUACUUGCUAUUGUACAUUCUCAAAAAACAAGUUUUAGUGAUUAUGCUGGUAUAAACAGAUCAAACAUAUUUUGCUUUCUGCAGUAUUACUCCAGGUGUUCAGUGUGUGAAGUGCAAAUGGUUAAUCUGAAAGGUGCUUGUAAAAGGAGUCUUGACGUUGAUGGUAAUCACAGCAGUAUUUAGAAGCCCUCUUGUAUUUCUAAGUCAUCUAAAUUCACAGUAAAACUCAGCUCUAAAUUGACAAAAAUCCUGAAAAUACUUAGAUGAAGUGGGAAUCCAGGUAGCACUACUUAAUAGAAAACUAAGAUGACCAAACUGGGUUAUAUGAUUCACAUUUUAAUGAAAAAAAAAAAUAAUUAGAAUUUCACCUCAAACUGAAGACUCCAACGUACUUCCCAUGCAUCAUUAGAUAGUCUGCGUCAUUCAGUAGCCUUUGCUGUAUUGCUGAAUGCAAGGCAGUGGUAAAGGUGCUUUGGCUUUCCUUUAUCUGUCUUCCAUUUUUUUAAUCUAUCUUCAGUAAAACAAUUGUCUAAUUUUGUGCUAAUUUUUAUUUAAAGUCUGUAAAGCACUUAAAUGUAGUUUAUCAAUAUAUAAACUUCAAUAUGUAUUAAGUAUAAUUUGUCCUUGCUCCUCUAGGGUCUAAUGCUGUAUGACUCUUGACUUCAUUAGAUUUUAAUUGCUACAUCGUGAGAGCUUUUAGAAGUGUGUGUAAUAAGUAUGAAAAAAAAUAAUAUGUAACAUUUGGAACUUACUCAAAGUAACCAUAUAUAUUUAAACUGUAGGUUUUUGUUCAAAUUUUUGUUACUUACUACAGUAGCAAGUACCAAACUGGGUUCAUGAACUGACUUUUUAUUGGUACAAAAACUUCUUUGAGAACUUUUAUCUAGUUUUUGAAACCUGCCUUAGGAAAAUUAUGUAGUCAUUGGUAGGUAUUUAUACUUCUAAUUCUUUACUCUAUAAUUCUUUAUUAUAGUAAGAACUAUAAUAUAGAUUCUUGGUACUAAACUACUGUGACUGGUUAGGCGUGAUCAUGAGCAGAGUUGUUUACCUCUUCAAAUGAAGUUGCUUGUGAAAAAAAGUAGGAAGUAUGUGAUUUGGAUCUUCUAAUGGUACUGCAGAACAUGGUACCAUGCUUAUGUCUGAAGUUGGGAUUCUUGCUGGGAAAGUGGCACUUGUUCUUUGUUAGGAUUAGGAUCUAUGUGUGGGGCUCUCGUUUGUGGAGAUGGAUGGAGGAGUGUGUACAGUUCUGAGAGAUGCUGCCAGCUCUGAAGGGAGAGGGAAGGCAUGAGUUGUAAAGGUGACAACAGGAUUUUUGGGUUGAAAGCUUAAUGCAGUCCAAUGCAAAAGCAAUUAACCCUUCUCAGUAGCUUACUGAAACAUAAAAAGGAAAGAGCCUUUAGAGCAUACAUAGGCUAUAAUAGAAAGAGGUGAUGUCCAAGUACAGUGCUGAUAACAUAGGAAAAAUAUUAACCAGCAUUGAAGGCCCGAGCCUGCGCGGCCCCAGUUUCUGUAUUAGGCACUGCAGUGUGCAGGAUAAUGUACUGAAACAGAUGACCCUGUAUAGUGAAGCAAAACCACACAAAGAUUAUUACUCUUCAGUUUCUUUUUUGCAGUUUCUUUUUUAACUCCCAGUUAAAAACUGUCUUAGGAUGCAACUGAACUGUAUCCUGAACAUGAAUGUCUGCUAUGAGCUGAGAGUUUACUACUCAGUGGGCUGUAAUUACUGUAAUUUCUUUACUGGCAUUCUACUUACAAACUUUAAUUUUUUUAAGAGGCUCUUAAUUCUUAAUCUUCUAAUGCUUCAGAUAUUUUUCAUAUGGAGUUUUGUUAAAACAGAUAUUCCCAAAUACAAUGAACCCAUUGCUGGCAAUGGGCACGAAUGGUCAGCACCACAGAGUUCCUGUUCUUCGCACUUAAUUGAACUCUACAAAUAUUAUGGCAGCCAGGUAUAACCCUUGUGAUCAAGGUACCGAAACAGGGAUUUUGCUCACUAACACUGUAGCCUGCUUAAUGUAUAGAAGCACUUUGUAUUUAAACAAAAAAAAAAAACAAACCAUAAAACUUUAUAAGUAUGUUUUUUAAACUUAGAAAUUAUAUUCCCCUUAUGGUUUGUUUCCACACUGCUAACACUGUCUUUUUUAAUAUUUUAAAAAAAAUUAUAAUGCUUGCCUGUUUACAUGAGUGUAGUGGAAAGGGUUCUUGCACUCUGUGGCCCUAUUUUUCCAUUCUCGAAGGCCUUACCACAUAUAGGGUGUCAUUUCUGCAAGUACCAUCAUCACGUUUGAGAGAAGGCAUUAGAAUCACACAAUCAUAGAAUGGUUUGGGUUGGAAGGGGACCUUGAGGAUCAUCUAGUUCCAGUGUCCCUGCUGUGGGCAGGGACACCUUCAACUAGACCAGGUUGCUCAGAGCCCCAUCCAACCUGGCCUUGAAUACAUCCAGGGUGUUCCUUCACAUACUCAUUUCAAGAAUGAUCUUGUAUAUUACAUUAGUUCUCAGCCCCUUUGAAAUUGUCACUUUAGUUUUGCAUAAAAAGGUUAAGAGUGCCUCUUCCCAUUUAACCAUUAAAAAAGGCUGGACAGAAACACCAGUCUGAAAACCAUGGUCAAGCAAAAAAUAUGUCUGUCAAACCCAGACCAUCCCACAGAGCUGCCAGCAAAACUGUUUCUUUUACCAGCUUGGAAUGACUUUUAUAUGGGAUAUUUCAAGGUUAAACAUUACUUCUAUUUGCAGUUAGAUUACUUUGAAAUAAAGCUUUAAAAUAAAUUGUACUGCGAGAGACACUUUAAAGGUUUUAUAACAGGUCCAGUAGAUCAUAUUAUGGAACCAUGUCCUUUUUUAAUGACUUAGCAUGCAUAGUAACCUUUUAGUAUUUGCCUAUAGCUGUUUUACCCCAUAUUAUGGCAUUGUCUUAAAAGUCCAACAAAUGUUGCUCCACUGAUCUUGAAGCACUUGGCUGAUGUUAAUUUACAUGAAACCAAUUGAUUGCAGGAAAAUACUGAUCUGAUUGUCAUGAGAUCAAGUUGAGAGGUUCAAUGAUUUAAGGGCAGCUUGAGAUACAUGUCUAAAAUCCUUACUUUUGCAUGGCACAGGUGAAGCAGUUGUCUUGUGGUGUUUUUCCUGAGUUCAAUGUAUUGCCCUUUGACAAACUUCUAAUCGCCAUUUCAGGUAUUGGGGGGAACAAAUGACAAAAAAUUACUUAAACACUUAAAAAAAAUCUUUCCUCUCCCUGCUUCAGGUUCAGCUUAAGUCUAACACCUCUCCUCCCUGCCUUUGUAGUCUCAGUUUUCCUUGUUUUCACCAAGAGUUGCAUUUCCUGCCAUUUCCUUUAGUGAGGUGAGGGUCACGCAGGAGGUUGGGCUCGUAUGCACACUGCCUUGUCUGAUGCUCUUCAUUUCUUAGUGGGUGUCCUCUGGUGCUCUGGGCUGGUUAGUGUCACUGGUCAUGGUGACGCCGGGCCACAGUUCCUUCAGGGAUGGGUCUGUUCCAGUCUGGCUCUCCUGUGGGCCUGAGUUACUUCAGAGGUGUACUGCUCUGGCAUGGCUUAGCUGUAGGCCAAAGUCCUCUCAAAAGUAAAUCUCAGACACAGAGCGUGUCCUUCUGUGAGUAUGUCUAUACAUAUCCUCAGUGACUUCUCCAGGUAUUUUCCCAAGAGCAGCUCUUCAGUUUCUCCACAUGUCCCCAGGAGUAUAUUCUCUAUAUGUGUCUCCCUGCACCUCUUGCUAGCAGCUGCCACUCUUCCUUAAAUAUGUUUAAACAGAGGCAACAUGCACACCUCUGGUUGAGAUUUUGGCAUGCCGUGGAUUGUCCACAUCUGUUUUGGUGCAGGCUGAACCCCACUUGACUAGCACAGGGCAGCUCAGAAGCUCUGGCCACUCAUCCCCCCUGCAGCCCCUGCCACUGGUGCCACUGCAGUUCUACAUAGCCAAGAUACGCAGACAAGGCUUCUGUCAGGCUCUUAAUCUUUGCUAAUGGAGUGGUCUCGUUCAAGGUACAAAAAAUUAUUUCUUGUUUGUGGGGAGGAGGGAAGUGAUCCAUAUAUAUAUAUAUAUAUAAAAUAUGAAUGCAUAUGUAUACAAUGAAUUUCAUUAAUCUUCUCUUAUGCUUCAUUACCUUCAAUAAUGUGGCUUUUGGCUGUAGUAAAGUGUCUUCUGAAAACCAGCAUCAUUGUACACACAGGAGGCUUUCAGAAUUUCCUGCUGCUGUGAAGCCAUUCAUUGUCCUAGCAGUGGUAAGAAUACUUGAUGAUACUACAGCUAAGUUCCUUUUCAUUCCAUUUUGUAACUCAGAUGUUAAUUACCAUGGAAUCUGUGUAACUGCCAUUCUGAAAAAUUCAACUGUUAGCAGGGUUGCUUAGGUGUAUAUCAAGCCCUUUUGACGUAGGAGGUUCUUUUAUUUCAGAUACCACUGUUGUUUUGGGGUGUGUUUUUUUGUUGUUUCAUUUUUUAAACUUUACCUUCUUUGUUUUAUGAGUGAGCAGGUAGACUCUAGAAGGUACUGUCAGUACAGUUUUUGGUCUCAGCUUUUUUCAUCUGAGGUGUGUCUGAAGUUGAGAAACUGUUCUGUAUCAUGAGCAAGGCAGAUGAUCAAAGGCUGACGUACUGUGUUUCUCAUUAUAAAAAGAAUCCUUGACGUCCUUGUAUUAUUGAGCCUGAAAGAAUGGAGGCACAUCAGGGUUUGUAAUCUCAACCCUUUCGCUUUGUGCCAGCAAGGUGACCUGUCUGAAUUAUGAGACCUACAGAAGUAUAUUGAGUAUUUUGCUUUAACAGAAUUAGGACCUUUCUCAAAACAAUAAAUGAAAGUUGGUUUUUUGUCAUUUAGUUGCUUCAUUGGAUAGCUUGGCUUCUUUAGCUAUUAGCUGUAAAUUGUCAGUGCCCUAGGGGAAGAUGCUGGAAAAGAAAAUGGUAUAUUUUUAAUGUGAUUAAAUUGUAAGUUCUGAUUUUUGCUUGAAGCCUGUGUCUGUCAAUUGCUGCUCUUUUUUUAUUAUUCAUGGGAUUCCAUAUUUCUUUCAGAAAUGUAACUGUUUAUGCAAGUGAAUUUUCCUUAAUGAGCUAUAAGUUUUUAUUCUAAACAAGUCAUUUAUAAUAGUAAAUUUGCAUAACUUGAUAUUUUGUGAGAUGUUAUGCCUGUAUUGCAGAGGUUGGAUAGUUUUGUCUAUAAAUAUUGCUGUCCUAAUUGUACAGCAUGGUUUUAAUUUAAUGUUACUGUUCAAUAUUUUCUUCUUAUAGAAGAGUCCCAUGCCCCUUUUUCGUAUAACAUGUUUUAAUAAACGUUAUCUGUCAACUUUGUAAA